AUGAUUCUACAUAAACAAGCAUUUUCAUACAGUAAAAAUGUUGUACGAAUAUGGGGUCGAUCUCUAAAGAGUCUGGCAAAAACCAGAGAUCAAUUCAAGGAAGCGCCCAGGAUAAAUCCAGUUGGCGUACAGUACUUGAGUGAAGAGUUGCAUAAGAAACUAUUUCCAAAGACUAAGAGUACCGAUUACUUGAAGCCAAAAAACCCAGCUCUUUUGGAGCUUGCGAAGGAGCAUUUGAGGUAUAAUGAAUUACUCGGUAAGAAAACAGAGAUCGUAGAGCCCAUCAACAUAGACAAUUUUCCAGAUUUGGAGGGGAAGAACACCCUAGAUGAACAUUUUUAUAGAAUAGGGACAGAGGCGUCGCAGCCAUACUUGUCGAUAGCAGAAAGCUUUCUAUCGCCAGAUAUGCAAUUACCCACGAAGCCAAAGCCUUCGGAAUGGUUGUUUAAAAGUGGAUGGGUACGAUACGCUGAGGGAGAAGCUCCCAAGGAAGUACCGCACCCGUUGGAAGAUGAAUUAGUAUUUGAUGUUGAAGUCAUAUACAAAAAGUCACCUUAUGCCGCAUUGGCUACUUGUGUAUCAUCCAAGGCCUGGUACGGAUGGGUGUCUCCAUACCUUACGAACUAUUGUGAAAAUAAAAAGUAUAACGACUGGGAACAUUUAAUGCCAAUGGAUUGUUUGAACAAUCCUAAAUUAAUAAUUGGGUACAAUGUUAGUUAUGAUCGAGCACGGGUAUUAGAUGAAUAUAAUAUCAAGCAGUCUAAGGGUUUUUUCUUAGAUGGUAUGGCCCUACAUGUCGCCAUAAGUGGAAUAUGUUCUCAACAAAGACCCACCUGGCAAAAACAUAAAAAAAGCAAAUCUCAGCUUGAUUCAUCUAAAGAUGAAUCUCCAGCGAUAGAAUCUGAUAUAGAUUAUUUCGAUAAGAAACUAUCGGCCGUUGAAAUAGCGAAUGAGCUAUUAGACGAUCCAUGGUUGAACAAAGGUUCUCCAAAUUCUUUAGCAAAUGUGGCAGAUUUUCAUUGUAACAUAAAAUUAGAUAAAACUGACAGAGACUACUUCGGUACCGAAGAUCCUCAGGAUGUCAUCAACAACUUCAAUAAUUUAAUGGAUUAUUGCGCAAAGGACGUUGAUGCCACAUAUUCGGUAACUGCUAAACUCUUUUCACAAUUCAGACAAAAAGUGCCACACCCUGUAUCAUUUGCGGCAUUGAGGCACCUUGGAACUUUAAUGUUACCCACAACUAAGAACUGGGAUAACUACAUUGAAACAGCUGAAGAGGUCUAUCAAAAAAAUCGUGAAGAGGUCAGUACUAUAUUGAAAGAAAGAGCUAAUGCAUUUGUUAACUACAUCGAUCAAAAUAAUGAAUCAUUGAAACCUGAUUGGGAGACUGAUCCAUGGUUAUCGCAAUUAAAUUGGACUAUCAAAGUACAACGGUUGAAGAAAAAUGGCGAGCCUGCAGCAAAUCAAGCAUUUUUAACCGGCUACCCUGAAUGGUAUAGAGAUUUGUUUAAAACGGUCACGAUUAACGGAGUGAAGCAACGAGAAAUGAACAUAUCUACUCGUACUCGGGUAACUCCUUUGCUCUUGAAAUUAAAAUGGGAAGGCUAUCCCUUACUUUGGACUGAUUCGUCAGGAUGGUGUUUCAAAGUUCCUUUUAAUGAAGAGACUAUUAAAUCUAUGGACGAUAAAAGUUAUCCUAGAGCUAAACUAAAUGAUGAAGAUUUGGAAAAGUUUUUACCUCAAUUAAGAGAUGAUGGUAACAGCUAUGAAUUGUUUAAAGUACCUCAUCCAGAGGGUCCAGGUAAGAGAUGUACAUCUAUCUUAUCUAAGAGUUACUUGAGAUACUUUGAAAGCGGAAUCUUGACCUCAGAAUAUUCAUUUGCACAAGAAAUAUUGAGUUUAAAUUCAACUGCAUCUUAUUGGAUGGGUAAUAGACAACGUAUCAUGGAUCAGUUUGUCAUAUACUCAGAUGCUAACCAUAAGAAGAAUAAGUUUUUCGACACGAAGGUUGAUUCGAAAAAGCACAAAGACAUGGGUAUUAUUUUACCUAAGCUUUGUUCCAUGGGUACAAUUACUAGAAGAGCGACUGAGAAUACUUGGCUAACAGCUUCGAACAGUAAGAAAAACAGAAUUGGCUCAGAACUAAAAGCCAUGAUUGAAGCACCCGAAGGCUAUACAUUUGUCGGAGCUGAUGUAGAUUCCGAGGAAUUGUGGAUUGCUUCAUUAGUCGGCGAUUCGAUGUUUGAGAUGCACGGAAGUACUGCUUUAGGAUGGAUGACUUUGGAAGGUGACAAAAGUGAAAAGACAGACUUACAUUCAAAGACUGCAGAAAUCUUAGGGAUCCUGAGAAACGAUGCCAAAGUUUUUAAUUAUGGUAGAAUUUAUGGAGCCGGUGUUAAAUUCGCUACUAGGCUCUUGAAACAAUGUAAUUCUUCCUUAAGUGAUGUAGAAGCGGAAUUGAUGGCAAAAACCUUAUACGCUAAAACUAAAGGUCAAACAAAUACAUCCAAAUUCUUAGAUAGAAGAAUGUAUCACGGAGGUACAGAAUCAAUUAUGUUUAAUAUGUUAGAAUCCAUUGCAUAUCAGGAAGACCCUAAAACCCCCGUAUUGGGGGCAGCAAUUACAGAUGCCCUUACAAUUGCAAAUUUGAAUAAAAAUAAUUAUUUAACUUCCAGAAUCAAUUGGGUGAUUCAAAGUUCAGGUGUGGAUUACUUGCAUUUAUUAAUCGUAGCGAUGGAAUUUUUAUUAAAGAAAUUCCGUAUUGAUGGACGAUUGAUUAUAACUGUUCAUGAUGAAUUAAGAUAUAUGGUGAAGAGUGAAGAUAAGUACAAAACAGCUCUCCUCUUACAAAUAAGUAAUUUAUGGACAAGAGCAAUGUUCUGUGAACAAUUAGGUAUCAAGGAAGUACCACAAUCAUGUGCAUUCUUUUCAGAAGUUGAUAUUGAUAAUAUCUUAAGAAAAGAAGUCACUCUUGAUUGUGUAACACCAUCGCAUUCAAAUUCAAUACCACCUGGCGAAUCCUUAGAUAUUCACAAGAUCUUAGAGAAAUGUAAAGAUGAAAAGUUCAUGAUCGGCGCUCCUCGCAAAAAAGCUAGCAAACUGUCAAAGAUAGAAUAUUGCAACAGAGAUCGAGUCAUAUCAAAUUUGGAUAAAGAAUUGAACACUGAUAUGAAAGUUGCGAAAAUCAAAUUACAAAAUUCGGUUGAUAAAACGGCAUGGAGACUGAACAUUAAUAAUUAUAUCAAUAUAAAGAAGCAUAUCGAAUUUGACAAGUUUAAUAAUGAGUUUGAUAGAAGAAAUACUAUGUUCGAAAAGGCGCCUGCAUUAAACGCAAAUGCCAGAGCCGUUCCCAAACCGAUGAAAUCAAAACCUAUGAAACGAAAGAUAAUUGAAGAAUAUGAUAUUGGAAGUAAUGGUGAUGAAUUAUUGGCUAAAGAAAUCGGCAAGCCCGAUAGCAAUAGAAAUGAAAAUGCUAAUAAAGCUAUAUAUAAGCCAACCAUUAAAAAGUCGACGCCGAAUAUCAAGAAAGAUAACAAAAGCUGUCCGAAGCAAGCCUCCAAAAUGGCAUCUCAAGAAAACAGUCCAGUGAGGUCUUUCUCGUCUACUAAUUACAAACACCAUACAAAUAAUCAUAAGGCCCUAGGCUCCUCGACUAAUGCAAGUGGCCGGAAAGCACCCAGCUUCAAACCUUACAAACAAAAUGUAUCUGUAGAGGUACCUAACAAAAGCCAAAGUCGACUAUCGAAGCUAUUUUUCGAAAGCGAACCGCGGCGCAAGACUGACCCUCAAGUUCAAACUACACAAGCGAAACCCAAUUCCCCACCGUCAAGACAGCCGUCUUAUACACAGAGAAGCGGCAGCUACCGUACCCCCAUUCAACAACCAAAAGACCCCACAAAAAAGCCUGCAACCUCAUAUCUAGCAAAUAGCAGUGCUAAACGAAAAAAAUCUGCUGAUACUUAUACCCAGAGACAUUUAUUUAAUCGUGCUAGCACCUUCAUCCCCGGAAAUGGCAUUAUGAAGCACUAA